AUGGAGUUUCAAUCGACGGUGGUAGCCACCGUAGACUGCCAGAAACAAGUCCAAUCAUGGCGUCUCCUCCGCUCAAUCAUUAAGCUUCUCAUCCCCACUUGCAACUCCACAUUAGUCCAAGAACUCGAACAAGAAAACCCUAACUUGGGAGGCAAGAAACUCUACAACGACAUCAAACCACGCACUUCCUCUUUCCGUUCCUCCUCUUCUCUUUCUUCAUCCACAGUCACAGGAACAAUCUUCGGAUACCGUAAAGGAAAAAUCAACUUCUGCAUCCAAACACCAAGAAAAUCGUCAAACCUCGAUCUUCUUCUCGAGCUAGCCGUUCCAACAACGGUCUUAGCUCGCGAAAUGAGAGGAGGAGCGUUGCGUAUAGUCUUGGAAGGCAGUAGCGAAAAAGAAGACUCCGUUCUGAAGACGCCGUUUUGGAAUAUGUAUUGUAACGGAAAAAGAGUUGGGUAUGCGAGAAAACGCCGUCCGUCUAAGGAUGACGUGGCGGCGUUAACCGCUCUGAGUAAGGUGGUGGUCGGAGCCGGAGUUAUGACCGGGAAAGAACUUGGCCGGUCCGAUGAUGAGUUGAUGUAUUUGAGAGCGAGUUUCAGAAGAGUUUGUGGUUCGAAAGAAUCUGAAGCUUUCCAUUUGAUUGAUCCAGCUGGGAAUAUCGGACAAGAACUCAGUAUCUUCUUCGUUCCAUCAUCCGUUUGA